AUGGAUAACACAAUUGAAAGCUGUAGCGUUGUCGUGGCGAGCGAUAGUCUUGACCUGACGCCCUCUGCAGAGGUCAAGACACUCUGCGCUGCGUCCAUACCUGAUGAUGAAAAGAUGAACAACUUGGAUUUGCCACGGGAUUUUGUUCGACAAUCUUCACGAAUCUCAAAAGAAAGCAGUAUUGGUUCACAACCAAAACUUAUUGAUAGUUGUUCACUCAGUCACUUAUUUAAAGGGAGAAGGAAAAUAGGGAAGGCACAGAAUGGGAAAUCAUUUAGGCGAGAUUUUGAGGCUGAUAUUGCACCAGAGUUAACAACAUCAGAACAAAUUGCUAUUCCUCGCCCAGUUCGGCGACCAUUAAAAAGGCAUCAAGGUAGUGAUGCCAUCGUAAGAGAACCAUUGCCAAGCAAUCUUCGUGCCAAUCUUUUAGGCUUUGCUAUCCCAAAUAUAGAAGAUGAAACUGAAAAUAGUAAAGACGAUUUUGUUCCAGUUAGUGAUGAUCGUCUGCAAAAGUUUUGCGAAAAAGUGAUGCAAGGGAGGAAACGACGUGAAGGAGUAAAAGAUGAUUUGUUACAUGAAAGGUGCUGUAAGAAGCAAAUACCAAACUCUAAAUAUAAUGGAGUUAAUGUAGAACCUUCUUCGUCUUCUUCUUUGCUCAAUCAGUGCGCUAAUGGUGAGAAGAAAUCCCCUGUUAUUGAGGAAAUUCCUAAAACAAAUGCCAAUAGGAGUGAGAAAAAUAAGAAUGAUAGUGUCAUAAAAAAAUGUAAAGUCAAAUUUGCCUUGUUUAAUGAAGGGAAUGAUAUAAUAAAAGAAGAAGACUUGAAAAUGUCUGAAAAUGAUCCGAUUCCACAGGAAGAAAUAAAAGAAGGGAUGGAGGAUGAAUUCUGUGUUGUACCUGUUAGAAGGUGUUCAAGGAUUGCAGAUAAUGAUGUUCCACGUAUAGGUUCAAUUGAAAGUGAGUUAACUAUGGAUAGAAACACAGAAAACUGGAACACACACAAUUCUUGUGAACAAGUUGUUCCCACUAUGUCAAACCAUGUUAACUCUGCAGUUAUAGAAUCUUCUUCUUGUAAUCCCUCUGGUAUGGUUCAUCCGGAGACAAAGUCUCAGUCAAACCGAGGAGAAAAUUCCAUGAUUGUUGGAGAUAAAAUAACUUCCUGCACAGAGGAUCGUUCAAACAUAAAACCAGAGAGGAAGGUUGAACCAACACAAUCAUUAACAAGGCGAGUAACAGCUAGAUGUACAUCACCUUUACAUAAUAUGAGAAGGCAGGGUUUAGUGGCAGUAGAUGUGGAAAAGGGUAAACUCUUAGAGGAACCCAUCCGUUUAACACUUUAUACUCCAGCUUCACUCUCUCGUAGAAAAGGACACGAAAUCACAAAUCAUGGAAAUGCCCCGAAAGAGUCCUCAAGGGAUUCUUCUCCCUUUUAUCGUUCCUAUGCAGGAGCGCAAACCCUCUUACCCCAGGAACCACUACGGUCUGCGGGAAAAUCAUCACCCCCGCAACUAGUACACCUGGCGUCUCUUCAUGGUUCUCCAGAAUUCACUAAAGUAGAGGAGAAUUCAACUAUACCCCAUCCUGAGUUAAAGAUAUCUACUGGGUCACCAUACACUUCCCCACCUCGAGUUACAAAACUUCCUCCCUUGUGUCAUCAUCCGAAGCGACUUAUCUAA